AUGAACACAGGCCGUCAAGUAACAUGGUCUCUCAAAGCAACCGGUACAAAAUAGCCAAACAGUUUUCUGAGGCUAUUGCCCAAUCUGAGUAUAUCUUUAAUACUCUUGACAACUACAUCUUCAACUGGCUUGAAGGCACUAGACCACACCGACGCCAACGCUGCAGCUCACAGCCGCUAUCCUGUUCGACCCGUCAGCGCUAUACCACCGAACCCUGUUCGAAAUCUAUACCAAAUAUGCUGAUCGGUAUAACCAAAAAGCGAAAGCGUGGUACUCAGCCCUCUACGCCACAGAAUUUGUCAAGUUUCCCCGUCGAUUCCAACGGAUCACCGUCGGCUGCCAGCUCAGGUUCUAUACUGCUGCCCUCUUAUGACAACUCCAGCAUACCCCGAGCCUCAUCCUCAAGCUGCAAGGGAAGUUUGGUUGAAAGUCCGCUAUAUAGGACUUCCAAUCUUCGGCAGAAUGGAGUUUAUAUAGAGUACAUGGGGAGAAAUGCACCCGACGCGAUCCAUGCUCUUGGGGCUGGUAUGGGAAAGCGGAGAAUGUCACCCGAACCAUCAGACGAACAAGUGGAAGUAAACCUUCUCUACCAACGUAUGAGACAUGGUUGUGAAGAAGAGCUUGUUCAAGAUUACAUUGAACAGGAGGUCUUCCCCUCUCUGUCGCAUGAGCCACGUGUCGCUCAGUCAAAAAAGGUAUCGAUGUACAGAGACUUUGUGCCAAGCAGGCCGACCCCUUCGAAUGCACAUGUUAGUCAACCGAAGCCAGAUGCUCUCUAUGGCUAUAGUGAGGAUUGCGCCUUUGAAGAGAAGCACCGUGUUGCGCUCGAUGGUCUGCCUGCGCGUCUAUCGGGGACCCCCAGUGGCUUGAUUUUACCAUUUCUUAUUAUUGAAUACAAGGGGGAAGGUCCGUGCAGCAACGGCAAUCUUUGGGUAGCGGAAAACCAGUGCAUUGGAGCAGCAUCAACCUGCGUCAACAUUGCCCAGCAUUUGAACAAGGCACUCAACGAUACAUCUUGUCAUCCUGGGCCGGUUCAACAGGUCGACCACGCAACAUUCAGUGUUGCCAUGUCUAACAGGAGUGCGACCCUGUUUAUCUCAUGGCAGGCUGAGAACCUUGGCUUUUAUACGAAGGAGGUUAAUAGCUUUGCUCUCUCACGACCGGAGCAAUUCCGCGAUUUCCGAAGACAUAUGCGCAAUAUUGUCGAUUGGGGGGCAAAUCAGCGGUUAUUGGAUAUCCACAACUGUCUUGAAGUGUUGCUGGAGGGGCAACGGCUCCAAGCAACACUGGCACAGAAUUCGUGGUAGAUCAUACUUGAUAUACAACCAUACUUGAGAGACAACGCAAAACCAUA